AGUUCUUCUACGAACCCCACCAACCUCGAAACUUAUUCAAAAUGGUUCGCGUUUCCGUUCUCGCCGACGCUCUUCAGUCGAUGGUCAACGCCGAGCGCCGCGGCAAGCGCCAGGUCCUCAUCCGCCCUUCGUCCAAGGUCGUUGUCAAGGUCCUCGGUGUCCUCCAGAAGCACGGCUACAUCGGCGAGUUCGAGAUCAUCGACGACCACCGCGCGGGCAAGAUUGUGAUCCAGCUCAACGGCCGCCUCAACAAGUGCGGUGUCAUCUCGCCCCGCUUCAACAUCGCCGUUGACCAGAUCGAGAACUGGGUCGCGCUUCUGCUUCCUGCCCGUUCGUUCGGCAAGAUGAUCCUCACCACCUCGGCUGGUAUCAUGGACCACGAGGAGGCCCGUCGCAAGCACGUCGGUGGCAAGGUCCUUGCCUACGUCUACUAGGCG